UCUCUCUCUCUCUCUCUCUCUGAAGCACGCACCACGGACCUUCGGCUCCCAGUGCGCAUGACCAGUAACCGCAGAAAUCGCAAACUCAUUUCCUUGGAAUAAUAAAUUCAACGAGAGAGAUGUCUGAAUAAGAUAUAUAAGAUGAGCUCGUGAAUGCCAUCGAGUAAUAAGCGGCAAGUUCAAUCUAUUCAGGUUAAAGAUGUAUAUAAAAAAGAAAGAUUAAACCUCCCAACAGAAUCUCUACACCACUCGCUACUCCCUCAAUCAGAGAAUAAUUUAUUAUAUCAUGACUCAGCCACCGGCAACUCCACCGCUGGCCUCACAACCACCACCACAACCUCACCCCGCAGGCGGCAGCGUCCAGGUCCGCUGCGCUGGAUGCCGUAUGAUCUUAACCGUCGGACCAGGAAUCACGGAAUUCGUCUGUCCUUCCUGUAAGAUGCCGCAAAUGCUGCCGCCCGAGCUCAUGAAAAAGGCGGUGGCUCCACCGCUGCUUAACAAUAACAAUAUGUUGCAUAAAAUGACGUCGCAGCCGCAACUGCAAACGCCGGCUUACGGCAUCGAUCCGAGUAAGAUGCAGCUGCCUUGCGCUAAUUGCAAGGCUAUUUUGAAUGUUCCUCAUGGUUUGGCUCGGUUUCAGUGCCCUCAGUGUUUUGUCGAUCUCGCUGUUGAUUUGUCGAAGAUUAAACAGCUCUUUCCUCCUCAUGCUACACCUCCUCUUCCUCUUCCCCCUCCGUCGCGGACGGUGCUUCCUCUUCCUCCUCUUCCGCGACUAGUUCCUCCUCCUCCCCCCCUCGAAGAAGUCAACGAGGUAGCCAUUGAAGUGGAGAGAGAGGAAGAUGAAGGUGGCACUGCAGGAGAAACUUUUACAGAUUAUCGACCUCCAAAACUAUCUAUUGGACCACCUCAUCCCGAUCCUAUUGUGGAGACGUCUUCCUUGUCUGCAGUGCAGCCACCUGAGCCUACUUAUGAUCUAAAAAUCAAGGAUGAUUUAGAAAGUACCAAGGCUUUGUCAUGCUUGCAGAUUGAGACAUUAGUCUAUGCUUGUCAGAGGCACAUGCAACACCUUCCAAAUAGUGCCAGGGCUGGAUUCUUCAUUGGAGAUGGAGCUGGUGUGGGUAAAGGCAGAACAAUUGCAGGAUUGAUAUGGGAAAACUGGCGCCACGUGAGGAGGAAAGUUUUGUGGAUUUCUGUUGGUUCAGACUUAAAGUUCGAUGCAAGAAGAGACUUGGAUGAUGUUGGUGCAGCACAUGUUGAAGUGCAUGCUUUGAACAAGCUGCCCUAUUCUAAGCUUGAUUCGAAGUCUGUUGGUGUCCGAGAGGGAGUUGUAUUUUUGACAUACAAUAGCCUCAUUGCAUCUUCUGAGAAAGGUCGGUCUCGUCUGCAACAACUUGUGCAGUGGUGUGGAUCAGAAUUUGAUGGUCUUCUAAUAUUUGAUGAGUGCCAUAAAGCAAAAAACUUGAUACCUGAAGCUGGAAGUCAACCCACGCGGACAGGUGAAGCAGUUCUUGAUAUUCAGGCCCGACUUCCUGAAGCACGUGUUAUCUAUUGCUCAGCGACUGGUGCAUCUGAACCACGAAAUAUGGGUUAUAUGGUCAGGCUUGGUCUUUGGGGAGAUGGAACAUGUUUUGAUGUUUUCCAAAAGUUUCUAGGUGCUCUUGAAAAAGGUGGUGUUGGAGCAUUGGAACUUGUUGCAAUGGACAUGAAAGCAAGGGGAAUGUAUGUAUGUCGUACCCUUAGCUAUAAAGGGGCAGAGUUUGAAAUUGUUGAAGCACCUUUAGAACCUGAGAUGAUGGACAUGUACAAAAAAGCAGCAGAAUUUUGGGCGGAGUUGCGAGUAGAGUUGCUUUCAGCAAGCACCUUUCUUACUAAUGACAAACCAAAUUCUAGUCAACUGUGGAGAGUAUAUUGGUCAAGCCAUCAGCGCUUCUUUAGACACAUGUGCAUGUCAGCUAAGGUGCCUGCUACUGUAAGAAUAGCUAAGCAGGCAUUGAAAGAAGAAAAGUGUGUUGUUAUUGGCCUGCAGAGUACAGGAGAGGCUCGAACUGAGGAAGCUGUAUCAAAAUAUGGUUCUGAACUUGACGAUUUUAUUUCUGGACCUCGAGAAUUGCUGCUGAAAUUUGUGGAAGAAAAUUACCCUCUGCCGGGAAAACCAGAACAAGGAGAGGAAGGCGUAAAGGAACUUCAACGGAAGAGGCACUCAGCAACUCCUGGUGUUUCAUUGAAAGGGCGAGUUAGGAAAGCUGCAAGAUGGAAACCUGAGAGUGAUGAUGAAAUUGAUGAAGGAUCUGGAACUGAUUCUGGAGGCGAAUCCAAUGGAUCUGAUGAUGAGUUUCAGAUCUGUGAGAUAUGCAAUUCAGAAGAGGGAAGGAAGAAAUUACUCCAAUGCUCUUGUUGUGGCCAACUGGUCCAUCCCUCAUGUUUAGUGCCACCUGUUACAGAUUUAGCAUCUGAAGAUUGGUCAUGUCAUUCGUGCAAGGAAAAAACAGAAGAAUUUCUUCAACAACAGCAUGCUUAUCUUGUUGAACUUACAAAGAGGUAUGAAACAGCUUUGGAACGCAAAUUGAAAAUUUUGGAGAUAAUUCGAUCUUUGGAUCUUCCAAACAAUCCUUUGGAUGAUAUUAUUGAUCAGCUUGGAGGCCCUGAUAAUGUUGCUGAAAUGACUGGGAGGAGAGGCAUGCUUGUAAGGGCCACCAGUGGAAAAGGCGUAACUUAUCUUCCACGAAACUCAAAGGAUGUCACCAUGGAAAUGGUCAAUAUGCACGAGAAGCAGCUUUUCAUGGAUGGUAAGAAAUUGGUUGCUAUCAUUUCUGAAGCAGGAUCAGCUGGCGUGUCUUUACAGGCAGAUAGAAGAUCAAAAAAUCAGAAAAGAAGGGUUCAUUUAACUCUAGAACUUCCUUGGAGUGCUGACCGAGCAAUUCAACAGUUUGGAAGAACACACCGAUCAAAUCAAGCUUCUGCUCCUGAGUAUAGGCUAUUAUUUACUAAUCUUGGUGGAGAACGCCGCUUUGCAUCUAUUGUUGCCAAGCGAUUAGAAUCUCUCGGGGCCUUAACACAGGGAGACCGCAGGGCUGGGCCUUCUUUGAGUGCUUACAAUUAUGAUAGUGCGCAUGGGAAAAAGGCUUUGAUGGUGAUGUAUAGAGGAAUUAUGGAGCAGGAUACUCUGCCAGUUGUACCUCCUGGAUGUUCAUCUGAAAAGCCAGAGACAGUUCAAGAAUUUAUAACAAAGGCAAAAGCUGCUCUUGUUUCUGUUGGAAUAGUUAGAGACUCUGUUCUUGGCAAUGGGAAAGACUAUGGAAAGUUGUCUGGACGUAUAAUUGAUUCAGACAUGCAUGAUGUUGGGCGUUUCCUCAAUCGGAUAUUAGGACUGCCACCUGAGUUUCAAAAUAGGAUGUUUGAGUUGUUUGUCAGAAUCUUAGAUCUUCUUAUUCAGAAUGCACGCAUCGAAGGGGAUCUUGAUUCUGGGAUUGUUGAUAUGAAAGCUUACAUUAUUGAAUUACAAGGAGCUCCCAAGGUUAUACUUUCUUGCAAUUCUUUUACUGGCUUUACUCAACGAGUGAUGUUGACUUUUAUCUUACAGACUGUUCACAUUGAUCUAAUGUCUGGGGCAUCAACUGUUCUUUUUACUUUCACUCUGGAUCGAGGAAUCACAUGGGAGUCUGCAAGUACCAUGCUCGUGGAAAAGCAAGAGGAUGGGCUCAGUUCUUCGAAUGAUGGAUUCUAUGAAUCUAGGAGGGAUUGGUUAGGAAGACGUCACUUUAUUUUAGCAUUUGAAAGCUCUGCUUCUGGAAUGUUUAAGAUUGUCAGACCUGCUGUUGGGGAGUCAGUAAGGGAAAUGCCCCUGGCAGAGUUGAAAAACAAAUAUAGAAAACUGUUGUCGUUAGAUAAGGCUCGUAGUGGUUGGGAAGACGAGUAUGAAGUUUCAUCUAAACAGUGCAUGCAUGGCCCCAAUUGCAGGCUUGGAAACUUUUGUACAGUUGGCAGAAGAAGACAGGAAGUAAAUGUUUUGGGCGGUCUUAUUCUUCCUGUUUGGGGAACUAUCGAGAAAGCCCUUUCUAAGCAGGCUCGUCAAAGCCACAAGCGGCUCCGUGUUGUGCGUAUAGAAACUACUACAGAUAACAGGCGAAUUGUUGGACUCCUUGUCCCGAAUGCGGCUGUGGAAUCUGUACUUCAAGAUUUAGCAUGGGUUCAAGAUAUUGACGAUUAAGGCGUGUGGGAAAAUUUUUGCAAACUUGCUUUGCGACUUGAGAAUGUGAUUCAAACCUGAAGAUACAAGCAUGACUCGUGUAAUGGAGAGAUUAGAAAGUCAGUCCCUGCACCAUGCAAGGAAAUUGUGCGGGCUCAUGUCAUUGAUUUUUUUGGCUUUUUUUUGUUUUUCAGCCCCAUUUUUUGGCAUAUAAUUUUGUACAUCUCUAACAGCUUCGUCGAAGCAGUAAGUUAUAGGUUGUAUUAGUUAUAGUUCUACUCGAACUAAUUUGUAUAAAUCACCAUUUAAUUAUUAUUCUAUAGCUGAUAAAGAAAUUCUUCUUUCCCUUUUAA